GGCCCCUGCCAGAAUCUCACCUGCUUCCCACCCGACAUCAAGUGUUUUGGGACUUGUGACCAAGGCUUCCCUGAUCUGGUGCCACUGUACAACAAAUUCUCCCGGAACUUCAUCGCUGACUGUGCCCGACGAGGCGUCCCCUUCCUCCUCUACUAUGCCUCCCACCAUACCCACUACCCCCAGUUUGCAAGCCAGGAGUACACAGGGCAGUCACGGCGUGGGCCAUUUGGAGAUGCACUUGCAGAGUUUGAUGGUUCAGUGGGACAGCUGCUACAGGCACUGGAGGAAAAUGGUCUUGCAAACGCAACUUUGGUGUUUUUCACCUCUGACAAUGGCCCUUCCACCUUGCGGAUGGCACGGGGAGGCAGCUCUGGCCUUCUGAAGUGUGGGAAGGGCACAACAUACGAAGGUGGGAUGCGGGAGCCAGCGGUGGCUUAUUGGCCAGGCCGUAUCACUCCAGGAGUGACGCAUGAGCUGGCAAGCACGCUGGACAUCCUGCCAACACUGACUGCCCUAGCUGGAGCAGCUCUUCCCAAAGUUGCCCUGGAUGGCUAUGACCUGAGCCCAGUGCUGUUUGAUUCAGGGAAGAGUCCCCGUCUGACGAUGUUCUUCUACCCGCCGUCCCCUGAUCCCCUUCAUGGUUCCUUCGCUGUCAGGUUUGGGAAGUACAAGGCCCAUUACUUCACACAAGGUUCCUUGCACAGUGAUACAACCCCAGAUGAGGCCUGCCAUGGGCUCACCCCACUGACACCCCACCUGCCCCCACUGCUGUUUGACCUGGAGUCCGACCCAGCCGAGAACUACGAUCUGCUGCAGAGCGGAGCGGGGCCAGAGCUUCUACAGGUCCUGAAGGAGAUCCAACUGCACAAAGUGCUUUUUGAGCAGCGCAUGGAGUUUGGGGAAAGCCAGAUCAGCAAGGGCAGGGAUCCUGCCCUGCAGCCCUGCUGUGUUCCAAACUGCACUCCUAAGCCUUCCUGCUGCCACUGCUCCUAA